CGAGGAUGAUAUCUAUCAAAGAGGUUUUCUUUUAUUGAACAUCCCCAAAACAAUCAUCCAUGUGAUACUUAGUUCAUAGUCUCUCCAACCCCGUUUCACGUGCACACAACACCAUGACAUCCAAACCAAUCCCUCCUCUCACCCUCCACCGCGGCUUCCCGGCCCGGGGCAGCUACGUCCCCUCGCCCUUCGUGAACAAGCUCGAGACGCGCCUGCGCAUCGGCGGAGUGCCGUACAAGGUCGGCGCUGGCUCCGUGUUCAAGGCGCCCCGCGGCAAGAUCCCUUACAUCGAUGUGGAAAGGGCGCCGGGUGCAACACCCGAGCAGCUGGCCGACUCGACGCUUAUCACGCGCAGGUUGGUCGAGGAAGGCUACAUCGCGGACCUGAACGCGGGCCUGACGCCGGCCGAGAGGGCAACGGACUUGGCGGUGCGCGCGUUGUUGGAGGAUAAGCUGUACUUUUAUCAGGUUCGCGAGCGGUGGAUUGACAACUACUACGUGAUGCGGGAUAACGCCCUCAGCGCCAUGCCCUUUUUUAUUAGGUUCUUCAUCGGCAUGUUUGCCUACCGUUCCGUCAAGGCCAGGCUCAUAGGUCAGGGCGUGCUUCGGUUUACCGACGAUGAGGCCAAGGACGCGAGGGUCGAGGUUUGGGAGAGUGUGAACGCGCUGUUGGUCGACUCACGCAAUAAGGCUCACGAGGCUGGCCGGGACGGCCCUUUCUGGAUUCUCGGCGGCAUCUCCCCAACGGAGGCUGAUGCGACCGUGUUUGGGUUCGUCGGCGCGGCUCUAGAUUGUGCCCAGGCACCGACCACAGAACAGAUCGUUCGUGGCUUUCCCGUCAUUAUGGAUUACGCGAGGAGGAUCCACGAUCAGUACUUUAGUGAUUAUAAGCUCUGGAAGGAAUAGUGAAAGUAGUGGUCAAUAUUGGAAGGUGUGCGAUAGCUUAAGGAUCCAUGAUCCAUGUCUAGUCAAUACUACCCAGAUUAGAGUGUAGAUGAGGUAGUUAGUAAAGAUCCGGCGGUUAGAGCAGGACUAACUCCAACGCAAGAGACAUAUUAGUUAUUAGUUGUCUUCG